UUGUUUCAUCCCAGUGUUCCCAUCUUUUUCUCUUACAGGUUGGCCACUAAGUUGACCAUUGCAGGAGGUGCUUUGUAUGUUGCCUAUGAUUCUGGACUAUUAGGGGGAAGUGAGCAGGGCUCCGAGGUCCUAGGAAAAGCUAAAACUGCCAUUCCCCCUGCAGUGGAUGAGUGGGUGAAGUACUUUGGCUUUGAGGUAAAAAUGCCAUUAUUGUACUGAUUUUAACUGGUUCUGACCAACAGAACAAUGCACUAUAGAGUAUGAGGUGAGUGAGAAUAUGUGAGGGAGGUCAAAUGUACAUUGUUUCUUUUAGCUUCCAGCUUUCCCUGAAAUCGGAUUCGCCCCUGGUGAAGUGUGGAACUCGGGUAAGAAUUGGUUGACAGCUGAUUCAUAAAGGACUUCCAAGUCAAAAAUUUAGCAAUUGAAAGAGCUUCUGUCUUAUUGCAUUCCAGGGGUGCAGUCAUCCAUAUCUGCUCUCUCAUCGGGCCCUACAGCAGUGGGUGACUACACCAACCAAGGCUUGCAGUACUUGAAAGACCUCACCAAAUGA